AUGUAUCCAAGAUAAUCAAAAAAAUAAGACAAACUAAAAUAAUCUCAUAAUAUUUCAGAUUUUAUUUUGAAUAAACUAAUAUAAGAAUUCGGUUAAAAGCCAAUAGAUAAAGAAGUAUAUAAUAAAAUUUUAAUUAGUUAAUUACAUGUUAUGUAAAUGAUUAUAGUUCCAAAUAUUCAUCAUUUAAUGAGAGUGGUGUUAGAGCUUUAAAAGUAGAGAUAUAAGAAGCACUCAAAAAAUCAUAAAUAGAAAAAGAAGCAAUUAUAAAAACUUUAAGAGGGUAGUCUAAUACUCUAUAGUUACAAAAUAAAGAAGAUAACUAAAAAAGUGAAAAUAACUCAAAAUAAAAUACAAAAGCUAUAACAUCAGGUUAAGAGUAAUUAAAUUCUAAAACAAAGCAUAAUCAUCCAGAAAUUCCAAGAUUAGACUCAUUAACUUCUGAUAAUAAAUAAAAAUCUGUAUAUUAAUUAGAUGAUGAUGAAUAAGAUGAAUGGGCAGCUAUUAUUAAAUACGAUACUGUUUUGUAUUAGAAAGAACAAGAAGAUAAAAAAAAAAGAGAACAGUAAUUGAGAUAAAAAUUAAAAGAUGAUUUAGAUAAAUAAUUAAAAGAAAAAGAGUAAAUAAAAAAAUAAGAAGCCUUGAAAGAAGCCUAAUUUCUUUAAUAAAAUGAAUAAAGAAAAUAAGAAUUUGAAUAAUUUGAAAAAUAAAAAAAAGAAUAGAUUAAACUUAAAUAAUUAGAGGAAAAGAAACUAAGAGAUGAAUAAGUUUAAUAAGAAAAAAAUAAAAGGUAAUUCUUAUAUACUAUUAAAUUAGAAGAGAAAGUUUAAAAUAAUCUAAAUUGUAGGAUAAUGAAAUGCUUUAAUAAUUGAAAAAUGAAAUAAGUAGAGAAUCUUAAGAACUAAAUAAAAAAAGAUAGCAAUAAAAAGAUAAGUUUUUGUAAAUUUUAAAAGAAAAUGAAUAAUUAAGAUCUAAAGUAAAAUGAAUUCUAAUUUUAGGCAUAAGAGGAGAUUAAACUUUAAAAAGAAUUUGAUUCUAAAUUGCAAUAAUAAUAAUUAUAGAAAUUGAUAGAAGACGAUGAAAGAAGAGAAUAAUAGAAAAAAGAAAGGGAUAAUAAAAUUAAAUAGUUUAUGAGUAAUUAUAGUCAUUAAGUGUUAACAAAGUAAAAAGAAAAUGAACAAAAUGAAGGAAAAUAUAUGUUAGAAUAAUUAAAAAAGCAAGAAGAAUAUGAUAAAUAAUAAUAAUAGUAUAAGAAAUUAAAAGAAAAAGAGAAAAUGGAAUUAGUAAAACAACAAUUAUAGUUGUAAAUUUAAUAAAAAUAACAAAAAAGAUUAUCAGAAGAAGAGGAAUAAAAAUUACUAUUACUCUAACAAUAAUUAGAGCUUAUGAAUUAUUCUUAAAAAGAAAAGGAAAAAUAACUUGUAAGUGUUUUUUUUUAGUAUAUUUUAGUAUAUCAAAAAUAAUUAUAAGUAAAAUCAAGAAGAUAUAAAGAAAUAAAUAGAAGAGAGUAGAAAUAAAAGUGCUCAUGAGAAAAUGUCUAAGAUGGAAUUAUUGCAAAAUAAAUCUUUAUUAAAAAAUAUUGCUUAGGAAUAAGUUGUUAAAACAAAAUUUAGAAAAGUUAAUGUAUCAAUGAAAUGA